UCACAAAACAUCAAUGAUGUCAAGGGUAGAGAUGACAAUGUAGAUCAGCCACAGCGAUACGGCAAACAGUGCUGUGACAUACCGGGGCCUCGGCGGGCCGCCCAGCUCUCCCUUGAAGAACACCCUCCUCACCACCAGCAUAGCAAUGCACACCACAGCACAGCAGGUGAAGACCAGCACGCUGAACCCCAGGCCCUUCUGCGGCACGGCGAAGCCCCCCUCGGGGUAGGCGUCGAUGAUGUCCUUUUGGUAGUCUUUGGAGUAUUUUCUCUUCCAGGUGUCGGUGGGGCCGAGGAUGCUCCAGUAGACGGCGCCGAUGGUCCAGGGGAGGCCCAGGCCGAGGAACACAUUGACCGAGUUGGAGCCCGUGACGUUGCCGAUGGAGGCGUCAGCGUAGGGGUCCUGCCAUGCAGUGCAGGUCACAGGGAGAGAGAGGCGGUGAGGUGAGGUGAGGUGAGGUGAGACAUGCACACACACUUGUCGGGACCUACCUACCUGCUGUGCUGCGAUUUUGGAUGCAAAGGUGUCUGGCAGGCUGGUGCCCAAUGCGACCAAAGUGAUGGCGGUCAACGAGUCGGGAACUGAUGUACAAUGACGCACACACACGUAGACACAUACAAACACAGACGCAGCAUCAAGAUGGGUGGCCCGCUUAUGCUCACUUCCCAAGACGCAUCCCAGCAGCGACGCCAGGUCUCCGAUGAGCGCCGUGCAGAGCCCGAUGAGAGCGAGUGCGAGGAAGAAACACGCCCAGCCGUUCCAGAUGGAUGUGGGCGGGCAGAUGAUGGCGAAGACGAUCUUCCACGGCAGGGCGACUAUGUGCAUGAUCCAUGACAUCACCCCGGCCUCUGCCUGCUCCUCCUUGCUGCGCACGUGCAGUGCAUCCAUCGAGAGACGGGGAGCGCAGGGGAGGGCAGGGGAAAGAGGGAUCGGAUCGAUGGCUGUGUGGUGUGGCUAGAAAAGGUUGGCUUGGCUGACCUGCCGUUGACCCAUAUAGCGGCUUUGAUCUGCUCGUACCAGUCGGAUGUGCCGAGCUGCACCUUGUGCUUGUUGACGUACAGCAUCCCCGCCAAGGCAUCCACCGCUCCCCUGAACACCCACAUAGAGAGAGACACGGACCGACAGACGCAGAUGGACGGACAAUAGGGGCAUCCAUCUUGCUUUGUGUUGGUUGCAUCGUAUCACUUGGAAGCGGGGUCAGCGUCGAUAUAGACGACGGCCACAGCGCGGUCCUCACCGCCGUCGCUCUUUUUGUUGAACUUGACGCCAGCAGGGGAGGGGUUGCUCAAUAUCACCUGACAGACACAGACACAGAGAGAGAGAUGUCAGAUGUCAUCAGGUAGGCAUGUGGCCAGGCCCACCCUGAAUCGUUCGUUCUUCUCGUAGUCUUCGUCAUUGACGACGUCUAUGCGGAUCUUCUUGGUGUGCUCCUCGUGCUCAAACACUAUCGUACCCGACUGACCGAUGUAGUCCUGCGGAGACACCGCUGAGUCAUCUUUGGUCAUGUAGCUGCAUUGCCAACACAUGGAUGGAUGGAUGGAUGGAGAGAGGGGUGUCUCAUGACUCACUCGACGGUGAUUCUGCCAGCUGUGCCGUUUCGCCGCACUACGGUGAGCUCGACGGCCCCCUGGGACUCCACCACACGAUAGGUGUCCUGCACACACACCAGCACAGGAGGUGUGUGGAGGGAGGGGUGUGUGUGGGAUGUCUUUCUGUCUGUCUGCUUAACGCUUUCAAAGUCGAGCACCCCCGGGCUGUCGUCAUUGAGGAUAGUUACGGUGCACUUGGACAACUUGCCCAGACGACACUGCAGAAAGGACACAGAGGAUCAGGCAGUCGUGAGGCAGGCUGCCCGCACAGAUGAGCCCAUGGAUUAUGUGCGCACAACAAAGUCGUCGUGGUCCGUCUGGGGGUCCUUCAGGUGCACUGUGAACCGCUUGUCGGGCUCCCAAUCCUGCCCAUAGGACACAAGACACACACGCCAUUCAUUAUCGGCGAUGGACCGAUCUUCUCAGCGUCUCACAUUGUUGUCGAUGAUGGGGACUUGGAUGAUCUUGUCGGUCUCGCGUGGCUCGAAGGUCAACACGCCCUGCCAUCCGUCCGCCCACAUCACACAUGUGUAGACGCUGCGCCGGGCUGUGCGUUGCGUUGCCAUAUGUGCUGCUGACCUCCGCGGCCACAUAGUCUUUUGGUGCCUUGGCAUUCCCAUCCUUGGUGUAGUAGGCCACUGUCGCUUUCCCAUCGAGCUGACCAGCACGCCGCACCUCGACCUGCACACACGAAACGGCCCAAUACGAUCAUCCCAUCCGCCACUGUCCCCUCUGUCUCUGUGUGUGGACCAUUGCCGACUGACUGACCGCCGCAAAUCCAUCGCAUUCGAGAAAGGCCGCGUGUGGCGUCCCGAACUCCAUCGAAAUGAAGCUGUCCAGAUCGACCCGCGAACCAAACAAAGACCCCCACUUCCAGGACCGGUCGGUGCGAAAAGGAGUGUGGGGGGCGUGGGGGCUCGUGACGCUGCCACGCACACUCACCGCCAUCUCCGCACCCGAGCCCCCUGUGUCAGCUGCGGCCGCUGCUGCAGCACCGGUCUCGAUGUCGAGGGUGGGGGGCUCCUUGCGGGGUCUGCGUGGGGUCGUCUGGGGGGAGCCGGAGGGGGGAGCCUCCUCUGGUAUCGCGCUCGGCUCUUCCAAGGUGGUUAGGGCUCUGCCGCCAGUGAUGUCACGAACGGCCUUGCAUCUAACAGGUCAAUGGAGACAACAUACACACGUGUGGAGGGGUGUGUGUGCGUGUGCCUGUGUGUGUGUGUGUGCCUGUAGUAUGCUCUGGAUCUCUUGGUGGGCGACUGCUCGAAGCCCUUCUCCUUCGAGAUCAGCUUUGCGAUGGUCUCGGCCGGCAGCUCCUUGCCGUACUCACUUCUCAGGCUGACCACAGGCACCAGGACACACACGUGACUGAUAGAGGGGUCGACAGAUGACCAUCCAGACGCACUCACGUGUGUCUCAUUUUGGCGAUUUCUUCCUUAGUGACGCCCUGGAAAUCGCACUCCAGCUCCUCGAUGCGAUUUAUGGGGGUGCGAUGGACCCCGCCGAAGACGCGAGUGAAGAACCCCUGGUCAGCAGCAUACGCCAUCAGCACCAGCAAAGGGAAAAACAAAAAAGUCAGCACACCUGCACAAGGAAAGAGACAUCGGCCACUCCACUGAGAGAGAAGAACUCGUUGUGGAAGGAUGAGGCAGAGGCACCUACCUUCCCAGACGUCGACAAUGUUUGGUGUGGAGACGGCGAGGAUGAUGUACAGCCAUAUGUAGGCGAAGAUGGAGGCAAACGUGGUCACACCGAACACCGAGACGUCCUUGAUAGCACGAAUCUGACACAACCACCGGGAGAAAGAGAGAGAGAGAGAGAGAGAGUGGCCCCCUCCAUGCCAUGCCACCACCUUCCACCUCUUCCCCAUGUUUCUCACUCACCUGUCCGCUGGGUACAGCCACGAUGCACACGCCCACAAUGACGAACAGAUUGUACGCCGCCGACCCCACAAUGGUCGACGGGCCCAGCUCCCCAGAGCAGAAGUCAUUCCCCAGCAGCUCUAUCACCGACAGCAGGAUCUCGGGGGCCGACGAGCCAAGCGCCAUCAGAGUCAGAUUCUGCGCACACAUGACCGGCAGCAAAAAGAGAUGGAUGAAUGGAUGGAUGUGUCCGACAGAGGGAGACACACACAGACGCGCGCGUCUUGUGUGACUGACUGACUGACUGAGAGUCACUGACCGCGACGGUGUCGUUCCAGACUUUGACGUGGAACCGUCUCUUCUCGCCGUGGCCCACAUCCACAAACACCUCCUUCUCCACACUCGUCACGCUCUCUAUCGCCGACAUGAACACCUGCAGGCAAACAACACAGACAGCCGUCUCCAGGCGAUCUGCCCACCCCGCCCUUCCAUCUCCCUCACAUCGGCGAUGAUGGCCACCCCGAGGAAGCCCCACAGCAGGCCCAUCAGAUACAGAAUCGCCCGAAGAGGUGGCGGCCACUCCUGCUCGCCCACGCCAGCAAACAGCGGCAGAAACAGCCCCGGGCCGCGCGGCAGGUUGCCCGCGCCCACCUCGCAGAUGGCCUCUGAGUCAGGCAUGGCGCGGCACGAUGUGGAACGGCUUUCUUCAAGGUAGCAAGGGGGGAGGGGAGCGAUUCCCUGGGCGAUCAU